AUGACGAGUGAAUACGACGAUUUGCCUCACAAAAAUGGAGGGCUGAAGAAUAAGCUUAGCAAAGGAGGAAAAGGCAUGAGUUCUCAGAAGAACAUUUCAAAUAACGAUCUUGACUUCGAAAGAAAUGCUGCCCAAAAUUAUGAUAAUCAUUCUCAGCCAAAAAGAGGACAAUCUCAGUCUACAGCAACCCAAGAAAGACAAAGAAAAAACAUGUCAUAAUAGAAAAAAAAAGAGUCAAUGAGCAAAAGUGAGUGGGCCAUUAGACUAGCCCUUAUCAGUAAUAUCAAGCAGCAGCAUGAGUAUUUCAUUAAUAUACCUCUAAGGGAUGUUGAUAAUCUAGAUAUAAAAGAUCUAAUGGAAUAAUCCAAGAAAAUUGUGUAAAAUCAAAAUCAAGAGCAAGAGUCAAACCAGUAAAAGUUGUUUAACAACCUUGGCAAAUAAUCUACAGAAGUUAAAGAAAGAGAAAAGUUGCAGCUAAACGGUAGUCAAAACACGAGGUAUAGCGACCCAUACAGAAUAAAAUGGGAUAUUUUUGUGAUAUAUUUAGCAUUUUGGAACUGUUUCGUCAUUCCAGUCGAUAUCGCUUUCAUUACUGAAGAAACGAUAUUCUUGACAGUUAUUGAUCAGAUUAUAAACGCAAUAUUCUUAAUUGACAUCAUUAUCAUUUUCCGAACUACUUACUAUAAUAAAAGAGGAGAAGAGGUCUUUGACUAGAAAGCAAUUGCACUAGAAUACAUCAAAAGUGGAAGAUUUUUCUUUGAUUUUCUAGCUUGCGUGCCUUUUGAUAGAUUCAUAUACACUCAAGGUGAUGCUCUAAAAGCCUUUGGUGUUUUUAAGCUCAUUAGAAUAUCAAGAUUGUCCCAGAUUCUUCAAAAGGUAGAUCUUAGAGAUGAUAAAAAAGCCCUGAUUUAAGUUUUGCAGCUACUUUUGUAUCUAUUGAUGUAUGUGCAUUGUACCACAUGCCUUUGGUGGUACAUUGUGACAUUUGAUAACUCAUGGGUUCCCCCAAAAGAUAUCUAUCUCGGCAAGACUGAUCUUUAUGAAAAGCCUGUCUCAUUUUAGUAUUUCAUGUGCAUGUAUUAUGCUAUUAUGAUUGUUGGAAGUAAUGAGCUGUUCCCUGCAACCACAUUCUAGAAGUUUUACUUAGCUAUUAUGAUGUUAGUGGGCAACUUGAUUAUCGCUAAUAUCAUUGGAGAGAUGGCCGUACUUAUGCAGGUCAUCACAAGAAGGUCAUCUGCUUUUCAUGAAAAGCUAGACAUUGCUAAUACUAUAAUGUACAACAUAAAUAUUACUAGCCAUACUCAAGAUAAAAUUAGAGAUUUUUUCUUCACAACUAGGACUACCUUAGAGCAGCAAAAAGAGUUGAACACUUUCUUGGAACUUAUCUCUCCAAGUUUGAGAUAAUAAGUAUCUCAGCAUAUAUUCUAUGAAAUUUUGUUGAAAAAUGAAAUGCUAAGCUCCCUCUUUUAAAAACAUAAGUAUAAAGAUGAACCAGUCGGGGAAGGUGGCGACCACUAAAUUGAAAAAACUGUGUCAAUUAAUAAGGAUAUAAAACUGGCCAAUGAAAAUAAAUUCAACUCACCUUUGAUGUUUAUCAUAUAGAAUUUGGAAAUCUAAUUGAACAGACCUGAGGACGUGAUAAUUCAAUAAGAAAAUACUGACACUGACAUGUACUUCUUGGCUAGAGGUGAAGCAAAGGUUAUAAUGAAGGAUAAGUAAGGCAAGGAAUUUCAUAUCAGAGACUUGAAGGAAGGAUCCCAUUUUGGAGAGAUUGCAAUGAUCUAUAAGACUAAGAGGACAGCAUCAGUGAUUUCACUCAAUUAUUCAACAUUCGCUAUAUUGACUGAGGCAAAGUAUAAGGAAUUGACUCAAUACAUUCCUGAGUUGCAAGGAGCCAUUAAAUCUUACAUAAAUAGAUAUAAAGACCCAAUCAAGAAAAAUAUAGUGAAAAUGAUAAGCAGAAUUGAGUUUAUCAACAAAGAAUUCCCUUAGAACUUGCUUACUCAACUGCUUUACACAACUCCUUCAAGAUAGUAUGACAAAGGCUAACUAAUAUUCAAGCCAGGUGAUAACAUGAACACAAUUCAGUUGAUUGAAGUUGGCAUAGUUGAGAUUUACAACUACUUUGAGGGAAAGAAGUUCGUGCUUGAGAGGCUAUUCAAGGGAAGUGUGAUAAAUUACAGGAAUCUGUUCUUAGACGAUGAGCCAAUGCAGGUCUAUGCUGAAUGUCUAACCCUCUGUUAUAUUCUUGAAAUAGAAGAGGACAACUUAGUCUCAAUUGUUAAUCAGGACUAAAAGACUUAGAAAAGACUGUUGACAUAUCAAAACGAACUUCUAAAAACUAAUCUGGUCUAUGCACUGGACUAUGUGGUUAUCAUACCAGCCAGUAUCAUGGAUAAGCACUACAAGCCAAAGAAUCUAUCCCUUGAAUCAUUUAGGAGAAUGACGCGAAUGAAAAAUGUGGUGAUGAGAAGAAUUAUUGAAAUCAGAGAGUAGAAAGCAAAGCCUAAGCUUCAAGAUUUGCUUAGUCAUUAUCUUGGUAAAGACAAGAAUUAAGAUCCUAGUCUUACAGAUGAGCAAAGAAAAUAGAUCAGAGCUGACAAUAUACUCAAACUUAAAAAGAAGUUGCUAGAUCUAUAUGAUGAUCAAAAAGAAAAAGGGCUCUCAGAAAUUGAAACUAUUUAAAAGGCAAUGAAGAAUAUCAAGAGAAAGUCAGACGCCUAGUGGUAGAUUAUUGAGAGCUUGGACACAUCUAUGAACGUGCUUAAGCAAAUUAGAGAGGAGAAGGAUAGGAAGAAUCUUUAAUUAGAGGAAGAAAUUCUAAAAGUUUAAAGUUGA